AUGCUAGCGAGCCGGCAUUCGACUGACAGACAGCAGCCCGAAUCAGGGCAGUACGAUGGUGGUGGAACACGGCUUGAGCCCAGGAGGAACACUGACAGUGAGUGGUCGGCGGAGCAGCAGCUGGAGGAUGAGAGUGAGCAGUCGGUGGUGGCAGAGCAGCAGCUGGAGGAUGAGAGUGAGCAGUCGGUGGUGGCGGAGCAGCAGCUGGAGGAUGAGAGUGAGCAGUCGGUGGUGGCAGAGCAGCAGCUGGAGGAUGAGAGUGAGCAGUCGGUGGUGGAGGAGCAGCAGCUGGAGGAUGAGAGUGAGCAGUCGGUGGGGGUGGCGGAGCAGCAGCUGGAGGAUGAGAGUGAGCAGUCGGUGGUGGCGGAGCAGCAGCUGGAGGACGAGAAUGAGCAGGAGUGGUGGUGGUGGCGCAGCCAACCAGUCAGAGCGGUGGUGAAACACGGUCGGAACCGAGGGAGCAAGGCUACGUCGGGGGACUUCAACGGAUAGCGAGAGAGAUGAGGUCGACGGUGAGUCAUCCACUAUUGAAGGUCGGGGGCCUACCAGGA